AUGAAGUGGUUUUCACUGUUGCUGGUUCUCUGUACUGCUUCGAUUGCCAAUUCCAUUAAAUUUUGUCCUCUCCGGGGCCCGAGCUGGCCUGUUCCUACAGGAUUAUCCACCGACCCGACUUUCAGAUCGGCUCUCCAAAAUAUUACCACAACAAUCCAGCAAGCUAUCAGUGCUGGAAAUCUGUCAUCAAAUUCAAUUUCCUUGCAAAUCUUCGAUGCAAAUGACCCUGAUGCACUGCUUACCCUGUCACACACUGCCGCCGAGAUCGACACCACCAUUGGUGUGAGCCAGGUCGACGAGAACACUAUAUUCCGCAUCGGUAGCACAUCCAAGAAAAUGGGUUCUCCCCUGCAGGAUCCAAUUUCACAAUACAUUCCCGAGUUGAACCAGGCCGCGAAUGACCUUUUCGGGAAUUCCACGAAAUGGGAUGAUGGAAUUGACUUUACUAAGUGGAAUGAAGUGACCAUUGGGGAACUGGCUAGUCAUAUGGCAGGCAUCGCGAGAAGCUAUGCUGUCCUUGACCUUACGGAGCAAGCUCCGAUGGUCGAACGAUUGGGAUUCCCUGCGUUGCCGGAAUCCCAAGUUCCAACCUGCGGUGCGCCUAAUCCAUGUAACAGGAAGCAAUUUUUCAAGGGGCUGGUGCAGAGUCGCCCUAUUUUCCCCACAUCAUCAACGCCGGUCUACUCCAAUGCCGCGUUCCAGAUUCUUGGAUAUGCUUUAGAGGCGAUGACUAGUAAAGAUUUCCAGAAUGUUCUUGCAUAUGAUCUUCUGAAGCCCCUGAAUCUCAGCCGAACCUUUUAUAAUACACCCGAUAUCUCGUUGGGUGUCGUUCCUAGUUCAGGGGGCCAGCAAUUUUGGGAUUUUGCAAUGGGUGACGAGAGCCCUGCUGGAGGAAUCUACUCAUCUGCAAAGGACAUGGCCACCUUCGGCCGGGCUAUUCUCAACAGCACUCUUGUCCCUCCAGCCAUCACAAGACGCUGGAUGAAGCCCGCAGCUCAUACGGCAUCCCUAGGUUAUGACGUCGGCGCUCCAUGGGAGAUCUUGUCAGUUGGCAAGCAGCGUCCAAUAGACCUCUACACCAAAUCAGGAGACAUUGGCGUAUACUCGUCGGGGCUCGCUUUGUCUGUAGACCACGGCGUCGGCUUCACAAUCCUCAGUGCCGGUAACAACAGUCAUUCCUCGGUUGCCCUAGCCUCGGAUCUCAUUUCAGCAAUUUUGAUCCCUGCUCUCGAACAAAGCGCCAAAAACCAAGCACACGAGCGCUUCGCGGGAACAUAUUCUCUGGGCACUAGCAACUCCUCAAUCACCAUUACUACAGACAAUGGGCCUGGAUUGGUUGUCACGAACUGGAUCAACAACUCCUCCAACAUGUUCCAUGCAUUCAUGGCCCUAAAUGGCAUGAGUGACCCCUCGCAGCUCAGCAUUCGCCUGUACCCUACCGGCCUUGAGAGUCCAGGGCGGAUCUCCUUCAGGGCUGUGGUUCCACCGGCUCUGCCAUCUGGAAUCGGGCCCUUUACUUCGUCCUGCUUUACAUGGGUGACCGUCGACUCACAUGUGUAUGGUAAUGUGGGCAUUGACGAGUUUGUGUUCAACCUGGAUCAGAACGGUAAUGUGGAGAGCAUAUCUCCUCGGGCACUGCAUACAACUCUUCAAAAGGCUUGA